UCAAAUGGACCGAUUAAACGACACUCUCCCACCACAGAGGGGUCUCACUCUCCGAAUCGCCAAUUCUCAAUUUGGGGGAGAGAAGAGAACUAGGGAUCCCAUCAAACGCUCCAAAUGGGUCGAUCUCUCAUCUCUUCCUCACCAAUUCCUCUGAGAUUGAGAUUCCCCCUGAUACCCAAAUCGUUUGCCACCGUCCCGCGUUCGAAUGGUCUGCGACAGAGGAGGAUGCCCAUCCAUGAGAAACCCCCGAGGAAUUCCCUGAUCAGGGCGAUUAUAUCCGAGUUUCCCAGCAAGAAUCGGUACUCGAAGGUCGGAGCGGAGUCAACGGGGCCAAUCCCUGCGGCGGAGCUCCUCCAAGUGGUGGAGACCGCUGCCAAGACAGGCGCAGAGGUUGUGAUGGAAGCUGUUAACAAGCCUCGCAAUAUUAAUUAUAAGGGAAUCACAGACUUGGUGACAGACACAGAUAGAAUGAGUGAAUCAGCAAUUUUAGAAGUUGUGAAAAAGAACUUCAAGGACCACCUUAUUCUUGGGGAGGAAGGUGGCCUUAUUGGAGACUCGAUGUCAGACUAUCUAUGGUGCAUUGAUCCUUUAGAUGGAACAACAAAUUUUGCACAUGGCUAUCCCAGCUUUGGAGUAUCAGUGGGAAUUCUCUUCCGUGGGAAGCCAGCUGCUGCAUCUGUGGUAGAAUUCGUGGGUGGGCCCAUGUGUUGGAAUACUCGCAUAUUUAGUGCGUCUUCUGGUGGUGGAGCCUUUUGUAAUGGACAAAAGAUUCAUGUUAGUCAGACUGAUCAAGUGGAACGUUCGCUCUUGGUAACUGGAUUUGGAUAUGAACAUGAUGAUGCUUGGGCAACCAACAUGAAUUUAUUUAAGGAAUUUACUGACAUUAGCAGGGGUGUGAGAAGACUUGGUGCUGCUGCUGUUGAUAUGUCUCAUGUUGCUCUUGGUAUUGUGGAAGCCUACUGGGAAUAUCGUCUUAAGCCAUGGGACAUGACUGCUGGUGUCCUGAUAGUUGAAGAAGCUGGUGGCGUUGUCACAUGCAUGGAUGGUGAAAAGUUCACAGUCUUUGAUCGAUCUGUUCUGGUAUCCAAUGGUCUUGUUCAUGAUAAGCUGCUGGAGAAGAUAGGUCCUGCAACCGAAGAAUUGAAAAAUAAAGGACUUGAUUUCUCCUUAUGGUUUAAGCCAGAAGAUUACGCUACAGAUUUUUGAGUUUGAUAGUCUGUGAGGCUUAGCUACAAUGGUAGAGUUUCGAACCCACAACAACAUCCUCUCCGCUACCUCCAUCGUUGUCAUGGACGGCCGUUUCGUCUUCACCAUGCUCACUAUGGUCCAAGGCAUCGGCACCUCGUCUAUCCAUAUGUUCAUGAUCUUCUCUCCCCUCCGCCCGCCACCACAAAAUGUGCUUCCCGUCGUGACUCUGCUGCACAAGUCGACAUGUGUGGUGCGCUGAGAGUCAACUGGACUCUCUUUUAAUAUACCGUAUAGAAGAUUUCUCCAAACACUACAAAGGUUGAACAUUACUUGCGUUGGCAGGUGGCAGGAAAGGAGCAUGUUGAUUUUGGGGUGGCCUUAAAGCCCUCCGCUGGUUCUUCCUUGCUGCCUAGCGUUAGUUGGGUUAGUCAUAUUUUUGCUACUAAAUAUAUUCUUCAUGGUGUUGAAAUCAUGAUCCGCACUCUAACGUCUGCUUAUCCAUCUGGAAGGCAGUAUAUUAAGCUAGUUCUCUGGUAAUGAAUUAUGGAUCAAUAUUCAUGGAUUGUGGGCA